AUGGAAAGUCUUACUACAGCUAUUGAAGAAGAGAGCACCCAGAUAAUCAGCCUAGAGAAGUCUGUUCUGGCAAAAACCAAGAAGCAAGAGGUCACCACAUGUCAGAGCAUCCUCUAUAAGGUUCGUCCAGAUGAAGAAAUUAAGCAAUUGGAUCCAGACUCGGAAAAAGUUUCACAAAACAGUUUACUAAACAUUGAGGUGGACGAAAUCAGAGAUGAAAAACUGUUGAAAAGUUUGAAGUGUCUUAAGGUUUUUGAUAUAGAUUGCCUUUAUUUGACUCAGAUCGAUUCUAAAAAUAGGCUUUUUGUUUUAAAUUUCUUACAAUCCUCAUUCCCAAAUAAAAUUAAGAUUCUCGAUUUUUGAUGCAGUGGCCUAAUGGAUCUGAAAAGGUCGAACUACUUAAACUCCCUGACCAGACUCACCUCCAAAGUCGUUCAAAAAAUUUCCUUUGGAAAUUCCAUCAUCGGCCUGCCCCAACUCAAGAGGCUCGUGGCAGCUUUCAGACAUGUGAGAACUUUGGGAUUGGUAUGGUGCAGGCUAUCUAUCCCAAGUGUUCCUGAUUUGACAAAGGCUCUGAAGAAUUGCCAAAUCCAGAAAAUAUAUUUAUUCGGAUCAGGAGACUCGAUUAGAAGUGAUUGGGAGAACAACUUCGACGAGUUUGAGAACUUGGUACAAGGGUUAGCAAGCUCUCCAGAUUUAAGAUUGAGUCUUGAAGAAGUAGAUGUCCGUAACUGCUGAGUAACCCAAAAUAAAGUUGAACAAGUUUUGAAAGAAAACCAGCUCGGAGGAGUUAACAUAAUCGAUUAAGAUUAAAUUUUGGUUAAAUUUCUUAUUUUUA